AUGACUUCUCCCGACUCGGAAAGCAUCAGCUCUGAAGGCCCCGAUACUCCCGGCCUAGUUGACGAAAUCAACGAUGCGUUGUUCCACGAUUUUUCUCACGACUCCACCUCCAACACCACCUCGUUCCCGCUCGUGCUAUCCAUUCCCUUCAACGACAACUCCGAGAAGGCUCGUAUCGUCGAGUUGGUGUCGGAGGUCGAUCCGUCAAUUGGCCUUGACUUGAAACGUCUUCUGAUAAUAGAUGCGAAUUUCCAAUCGGAUCGCGGGUUGGCCUCACCCCCCACUUCCGAAGACCUGCAAAUCGACCUUUCUUGCACCGACACCAACAGGGAGUGUUUGGAGAGCUUGAUAUAUACGUUGCACGCCUCCCACAUCCCAUACAACUUGGACUACUCCAACUUCGUCAGCCAUCCCGGCAUCUUAUUUAUUAAAAAGUUAUCUAGCAAUCUAGUAAACCCCACGGAUCAAACGGGUUACGUGCUCACCAAGGAUGAUCCGGAAGCACCCCAGAAUGAAUUGUUUGCCCUCCUCCAAGAAACCAGCCAUUUCAAGAGUCUUCAGGAGAUCAAGAUUUUUGGUGACUCGGGAUCCGGCUCCGGACUUCAAUCUGCAUUUGCAAUUGUGAAAUUUAGAGUCUACCUUGACGUUGACAUUAUUAUUGCAAAACUAAACAAAUUGACACCAAACCCAUUCAAUCACAAUCGGAACGUGCCCCUCUACUUGAACAAGUACUUGAAUAAAAAGGAGAGAAUCAACCAUUCUCCUCUGGCUUCAAGUCCUGCAAACAACGGCACCAAUGGAUCUUCAUCACCCAACUCCAAUUUCGAUAUGAUUGUUUUGGAAAACCUUAACAAAUUGUUUUUGGAUACUAUAGUCACAAUAGAUCACAUAUCCAAACUAUUGGAUAUUAUAAAAAAGUUUGGAAACGACUUUGAUUUAAUUUAUUUCCCAUUAGAUUCAAGGGAAAGUGAUGAUUAUCCACCUGACCUUAAUAUUCUCGAAUACGCAUUCAUUAGGUUCAAACACGGCAACCAUUUGAUGGAAAACACCCUCAAGAUUUUGUAUUAUUUGAACGGUCUUAGUUGGGAGCAGUUGUUAGAUUUCGAUUUGGACUCGGUCGAGCCAUUAUUCUUAGAUUCAGCAGAAGAACCCAUACAGUCGAAGAAUGGUAUCAAAAUCACCAUAGCUCAGUACAAGCAUAAUCACUAUAUAUUCAGAGACGCCAACAAUGCGUUUGUGACCAAUCAAGGUCAAAGGGCCUCAAACAAUGGAAUGCAAAAAGUUGUAAUCAGCCCACCCAACCCCGGCUUGAUUACAGCUAUGUCGGCCAAACAGGUUAAUUAUCAAGAAACAAACAUCUAUGUUAACAACUUACCCGUGGUUUUUGGCAAUAAUGAUGAGUUAUGGGAAACAUUCUGGAAACAAUUUGGGACUAUCAAAUCAGCAAAGAUUAUUAACCCUCAGUUCUACAAGCACGAUGAAUCGGUUGAUGAUGACGAUUCAAGGAGAGGAAAAUCGGGGUACGGCAAAAUUGGGUUUGUAUUUUACACCGAUUUUAAGAUGGCAAUCAAGGCAAUUUUGCUCACAAAUAACCGUCUUAUCAAUGUCAAUAGAACUUCGAGCCCCAUUUUGAUUCAGUCGUCGUUUGCACUCCAGAAAUCGAAUCCUACUACAUACGCCAACCACGGGAAUCAGCAUUCUGUUCAUAGAUCCUGGAGCAAACCGAAGAGAGGUCUGGCAAUGAGCUACCCUCUUCCAGUGGCUCCCAUUCCGGCCACAGCACCACAACCAGGGCAAUUUUUCAACCCCUAUUACUUCCCAUUUUCUCCACCAACCAGUUUUUUCCAGACUUCUCCCAACCAGCAGGCUGCAAUUGCACCAUUUCCUCAUCCAAUGUUUGGAGCCCAUCCUCCAAAUAUCAGGAGGAAACUGGACGAGGACUACGAUUCGAUCCCGGGGUUUUACAGUGGCCUAGGUUAUGGGUAUACUUACCCCCCACCCUACUAUUUCGAGCAGUAUGAGUACGACGAAGGGGAGUAA